GAACCGGGAAGAGCUUAGGAGUACAGCAACGGACGAUUUCUACCUAUGUAUGUAUAAGUAUUUAAAUAUUAAACAGCAGAAAGGAGACCGGUUUCAAAGCUGACUGCUAAAACAGAAACUGAGAUCGUUACUUGGAAGACAGGUGGAAAAGGGGGCACACCAUGCCGAAAAUUGAUAUAACAUGUCGGGAAGACAUUAUUAAACUACCCGAUAUUGCGUCUUUGCGUACUUUGAAAAAACAGUGGAACCUUGAUACAGGUGGACGACAGCUAAAAGACAGGGAGGACUAUGUCCGAUUCCUGUUGGAAGCUUACGAUUCCGGAAAAAUCAGCGGUGCCAAUGGCUCAACAAAUAAUCCGCCCAAACCAGACCCAAACGCCGGUCUGGCAGAGGCCAUUCAGUUGGAUACACAGAACAGAGCCAAACUACAAGAAGUCUAUGAUGAGGUACUAAAGUACUAUGGAAGCUUGACACCUCAAUUUCAAAAAAGUCUGAACACUGCUUAUCCCGACCUUGUUAACAGGAUUGCCGCGCGGAGAAAGGAGCUGGAUUCUAGGGAGCUUGUAAUUCUUGUUGCAGGAGAUACAGGUGCUGGAAAAUCCAGUUUCAUCAACCUCCUUUUGGAAACCGACAUAUUUCCGGUUGCGGCCAUCGCAGCGACGCAGACGAUAUGUGAAAUGCGGAGAUCCAGAAAUGGCGAGAAAGAGGCAAUCUGUUAUUAUAAAGCUUCUGGGGAUAAUAAAAAGCAAAAAGCCCCAGAAAUAAUUAGGAUCGACAACCCAGCCGGAGUAGAAGAGAUGAGGAAGCGUAUCAAAUAUAGGGACGAUGACGAAGACACUCCUUUUGAACGUAUAGAAAUAUAUAUGCCAUUUCGGAUGUUAGAGGAAGGAGUGGUGAUUGUAGAUAGUCCCGGAUUUGGAGAACGUGGAAGGAAGACGAGUCAGGUUGAGCGGUAUCUCAGCAAAUCAUUCGGUACCAUUUAUCUUGUUAAUACUGCAGCAGCAGGCGGAGUUAACGCUGGUCGAUUGAGGGACUUUCUCCGCUUUGUCGUUAACUCCGCUGGGGAGGAGCACGACCCCUCCGCUACCAUCUUCAUCGGCAACAAAACAGACUGUGUGGACCCCAAGGACCUGAAAGAAGUUAAAGACACCACUACCUACAAACUUAAACAGUGUUACCCCGGGCUGAAGGACAGCAAUGUUUUCUUCAUGUCGGUCAAUGAAGCUUUGCAAAACGUCGCCUUUAAUACAAGGACUGAGGACCAUCAGAGGGUUUUGGUGCAAGGAAUACAGAAACUGUUCCCUGCAAGUCUUAGAAACAAAUUAAAUAGCCACUACAGAUUUCAAUCUCAGAUACUGAAAAGAGCUCUAGUCUCUCUUAAGGUAGCUAGAACCAUGGCGCUAACAGGUAGAGAGAAACAACAGAAUGAAAUUGAGGAUAUCCAAAGGCGAAUGAGGGUCUUGGAGCAAAACGCCAAAGCAACCAUUAAAAACUUGAAAACCGACAUCAGAUACGAAGAAGAUCAGCUUUACGAAGAUCUAGCUUCCUCUCUGCGUAGCAGGGCUUUUACUGAAAAGGUUUUUGAUAUUCAAGAAAAUCAAUGUGCCAAGCAAUCAAAAGACUGGAAAGCCGUAGCACAGGACGCCAAUGAAAUCAUUGGUAAUAUUAUAGCAAGAGAGGUAGACAGCUGGGAGGCGAGCAAUAUGCGUGUAGUGGGCAUUAAAGCAAGAAUAUUGGACAAGUUCACCAGAGAGUGCCAGGUGUAUGAGGAUCAGCUUAAAGAAAUAGAAGGUGCACUUCUCGAUGGUGACGUGAGAGUAAUCAAAGAUCUGCAUAAAUCUAUGAAAAAACAAGCACCUGUUCGGCAAAUCUGGGCUAGAGCUAAGGACACCAAGUCAGGAGGGGGUGGUAUUGGUGAAAAAUUAAACAGUUUGGGAAGCUUGGUGAGCAGCGCCGGGGGUCUUUCAACCAGCGAUAGGAGGGUUAGGGAUUUAUGCAGAGGAUACUCUGCUAGAAACAAUAUUCAGAACAUGAAGUCUUUGGUUUCCAUUUUCAUCGAAAAUAUUUUCGAUGGAAAUGACUUAAAGGUCAAAAUAAGCAAAUUUGUUGGAAGAUUUGCAAAAGGUGUGGACACUAUUGCCAAGAAGAUUCCAGAUUUUGUCGAAGCAGAUAAGGAAUUGAUUAAAAAUAUCCAAGAAGAUAUCCAGAACGCAGAAUAUAAUUUGAGAGAAGUUUUCCCAAAAGGUCUCAGUUUAGGUACAAGGCUGCAAGGGCAGCUUGAUGUUUUCUACGUGAAAAAGAUCAUGGAAAUGGACUACCGCCUAAGGGAUCUAGAGUACAAUCCAACAGAGGACUUGCUGGGGAGUGGGGCUUUUGCCAAUGUCUACAGAGGAAGACUCGUCUGCUAUCGUCCACCAAUACAAGUAGCCCUAAAGAUAGGAAAAGACUAUAUACAAGAGAACAAUGUGUCUGAUAUACUACUUGAGGACGGUACGAUGAGAGAGUUGGAUCAUAAGAAUAUUGUGAAAUAUUAUGGUUCCACUUUGCGUGAAGAGAAAAUCAAAGGGAAAGGGAGGCUUUUCUGGAUUAUGAUAUUGGAAUUCUGCGCAGGCACUCUAAAAGACAAAGUCAUUAAUGACGACUAUGACAACCCGGCCAAAGUCGGAAAGAUCUACUCCGUUCAGGUGGAACAAAUGGAAGAGAUGGCAAGAAUGGUGAUGGAAAUUUGUGAGGGCUUGCGAUACUUACAUAACAAAGACCUGGUUCAUAGGGAUCUUAAGCUGGAAAAUAUCUUACUUGCAAAGGGAGCAGAUGGCAAGGAUGUCAUUAAACUCACAGAUGUUGGGUUAACUAAACCACAAAGAGAGAUAGGGGGAAGCAUAGUCGGGUCUCCUGCUUAUAUGGCACCGGAAGUUCUGCUCCAAACAGAGAUUCACAACCGGAAGGCGGAUAUCUUCAGUUUGGCCAUUAUUCUCUGGGAGAUGUGGUAUGGGAUUGACGCUGCGGAGCAUAUCCAAUCGCAACUAUUCGGAACUUUAGAAAGCGCUGUAAAGGGAGGCCUUCGACCGUCGAUGACGAUUGAGCACAAACCUCCGGCCGACUGGAUGGCUUUGAUCAAGCGUUGCUGGGACUAUGAUCCGAAAAAGCGUCCAGAGGUGGAUGAAGUUUUGAAUCACUUUGCUAAUUUUCUGAAACAUUAAAUGAAUUUGACCUUUAUGCAGCAAAUACACUGAGUUUUGGUUUGGAUGAUAUUGUUUUCAUGAAGCUGUUGUUUGUAACGAUGAGACUUGUAUCAUGUACAUGUAUUGGGUAAUUCGUCGACUUUCUCUAAGUUGUUUUUGUACAUUUUUGUUGUAAAAAAUGUUUAAGCACACAAUAAAAUCAAU